GCCAAGAACUCCAAAGUUAAGCGUGCUUGCACGGGAGUAGUCUUGGGAUGGGUGACCCCCUGGGAAGUUUUUCAGGGCGCGCACGAGUGAGGACAAAGUGCGCGGAAAAGGCUAGUGGCGGUUUGUGAGGACAGUACUAGAGGUCAGAAGUAACUACCUCGGGGCCUACGGGUCCGGGGUGUUACACCCUCGGCCGGAGGCCGAUACCAUGGAAGCCACACCCAGUAGGGCCGUAACGAACGCCAAUGGCGCCCUCGGCUGGACAUGCCGAGGACUCCCCUCACGCACCCGGUGAGCACUAUCCUCAACUAUGCGGAAGAGCAGGACCUUUUCCCCAAGGACCCUCGGUCGGCGAGGGAGAUCUACGCCAUCCACCAAGGCGACACUUAUUGCCGUUACCACAAAAGCACCUCCCACAAUACAGACGAUUGUGUCUCGUUAAAGAAGGCUAUUGAACUCUUAAUUCAACGGGGUGAGCUCCACCAAUUCAUCAAAAAUGCCCCAAGGAAAAACACCGGGGAGAACACCGAUAAAGAAGAAGGGGACAUUGCAACAAAGAAACAUGAAAUCGGGAGACUCAGUGACGGAGAGGAGUUCGAGGAGCCCCAGCCGAAGAAGCGCCACCUCCGCUAAUCAUGUUCCUCACCUUCGGCGUUAGUCUCAUCCUUGGGCCCUCGACCUCGAGGCACAUUACCAUCCCCUCGGCCUAGAGCCCUCGGCCUUGAGCGGUGAAUCUUAACAAAGCCGUUGUCAAACAACGCACCCCUUGUAUUCCGCUUAUUUCUAUGAAUUUAAGUAAACUACAACACA